GGUGCAGGAGAGGGAGACGUGCCUCACGCGCGGCCUACAAAAUUCCGAUUCAGUGGCAAAAAAGGUACGCGCGUGCAGCGAACGAUCAAUGGGAAAGAGAAGGAGAGCGGCUGGCUAUUCCCUUUGGAUUUUUUUGGUGGAAGAAUUUUUAUUUUUUUAUUUCUAUUUUUUAUUAGAAAGCUGAUUUCAACGGAGAGAAAAAGAGAAAAAGAGAGAAAAAACACUUCGAAAAGUGACACAAUGUAGUCUCACGCGCCUCCGAUUUCACGUGCGAAUCACAUUCCGUAUUGCGAAACUAGAAACUGAUCAGAGUGGCCCCACUCUUGCGCGUGGGGAAAAUCUUAUCCAACGCGCUGUGUGCCCUAAUCCUAAUCACCUGCGAGCGAGAAUUCGACGCCUUAUCCUGAGAACUCAGAAACCCCAACCCCUGUCCAUAUAUCAUCGACCAUGCCCCUCCCGAUUUUCCCCCAAAUCGGAUCUUCAAUCGGUUGACUCGUCCUCUUCGCCCAUAGAAUCCAAGAUCGCCUUGCUCGGUUAAGUAUGGAGCCGAUGGAUAUCGUCGGGAAGUCCAAAGAGGAUGCUUCGCUUCCGAAAGCAACAAUGACCAAAAUCAUCAAGGAGAUGCUGCCGCCAGAUGUACGUGUUGCAAGAGAUGCCCAAGAUCUUUUAAUUGAGUGUUGUGUAGAGUUUAUAAACCUCAUCUCAUCAGAAUCUAAUGAAGUUUGUGGCAGAGAGGAGAAAAGAACUAUUGCACCUGAGCAUGUACUCAAGGCUUUAGAGGUUCUUGGAUUUGGUGAGUACAUCGAGGAGGUUUACGCAGCUUACGAACAACACAAGAUUGAGACCAUGCAGGACUCUCUAAAAGGUGGCAAGUGGAGCAAUGGAGCCGAGAUGACUGAGGAAGAAGCAUUGGCCGAGCAACAGAGAAUGUUUGCAGAGGCUCGUGCAAGAAUGAAUGGUGGGGCUGCUCCCCCAAAGCAACCCGAUCCUGACCAAACCAUAGAGAGCUGACUCUAGGAUCUUUAUUUUCUUAGCCAUAGGCAAGCAUCCUUGACUCUCUUCCAUCCGUGCUUCUAAUAUCUCUUAUGUUAUGUACAAAAUAUCCUCGACAAGUUUGCUGGUCUAUAGGAUAUGGGCACUUCAAUUUGUAUUCUAUUUAUGAAUCCAUGUCUAUAAGCUAAUGUAAUUAGUAAGUGUUUGUUCAA